CAGCAGCAGCAACAUUGUGCUCAAUGCUUACAACAGCAACCACAGCAACAACAACAACAACAAUCGACAUAUUAACAGCAGCUUAGUGUCUAUAACUAGCUUGAAUAGCUGCAGUGAUCUAAGCCACAGCAGCACUGCCAAUUUGACUCACAGCAGCAGCAAUCACAGCCCCAACGGCAACAGCAGCGACACUUCCUCUGGAAAUUUUCAGGAGCGCUUCGACUUUGAUCAUUGGAAAAGCGUCUUGAGCGAGUUCAGCUGCUUCAGCAGCAUCUAUCGCUAUUGGCAUCAGUACAGCGGCAACAACAACAGCAGCAGCAGCAGCGGCAACUGCAGCAGCAGCAGCAGCAACAACAGCAACAGCGCUGCUCAGAGCUCAGCUGAACAUGUGGAUGAGGGCAAAGGACUCGGCAACGGCGCCAACUCUUUCUACACGCACAACAUCUUAGGCUACACCUUUGGCUAUCCCUUUGGCUACAAGGAGAGCGUUGAAGGCGACUUUAAGAACUCGCAGCAGCAACUACACAACAACAGCAACUGCAACAGCAGCAGCAGCAACUGCAACGAGACUCCGCUGCAAAAACACUACAGACAACAACAAAAGAAGAAGAUGCCCGUGUUCAGAGGCAGACGCGGCUGGUGUGGCUGCUUUAAGGAUGACGAGCCACCGGAGAUUUGUGUGGUUGAGGGCGCGUUUACGCUGCAGACGCUGACGCCGACGCAGCCGAUGCCGGCGGUGGAUGAGCUGGACACGAAGUUUGCCGAGCUGGUGGAGGAGCUGGAUCUGACGGCGCCGAAUAAGGAGGCAAUGCUCAGUCUGCCGGCGCAGAAGAAAUGGCAAAUCUACUGCUCGCGCAAGCUGCCGCCGGAUGCGAACGACGGACCGGAUGCGGCGGCCAUAACACAGCCGCCGACGGCGGAGCACUACAUCGAGCGACUGAAGGAGCUGGUGGUGCAUGUCUCGCUCUCGCCGGAGGAUUCGCCCAGCCAUGAGCUGAGCACGCGGCUGGACAAUCAUGCGGCCUUUGUGGAUGCACUGAAGACGGCGCUGCGCACAUCGACGCACAGCUUUGUGCUGCGCUUCGUGGAGCUGGAGGGGCUGCCGGCGCUGCUGAAUCUGCUGCUGCAGCUGGACAUACGUGUGGCGAACAGUUCGCUGCACACCAGUCUGAUUGGCUGCAUCAAGGCGCUGAUGAACAACUCGAUGGGCCGCGCCCAUGUGCUGGCCCAUCCGACGGCCAUUGAUACGAUCGCGCGCUCGCUGGCGGCGGACAACAUACGCACCAAGAUUGCGGCGCUGGAGAUUCUGGGCGCGGUGUGUCUGGUGCCCGGCGGACAUCGCAAAGUGCUGCAGGCCAUGCUGAACUUCCAGGAGUUUGCCACGGAGCGCACGCGCUUCCAGAGCAUUGUCAACGACCUGGAUCGCUCCACCUACGCGUAUCGGGACAAUGUGAAUCUGAAGACCGCACUCAUGUCCUUUGUCAAUGCGGUGCUCAACUACGGCCCGGGGCAGGAGAAUCUCGAGUUCCGUCUGCAUCUGCGCUACGAGUUCUUGAUGCUCGGCAUCCAGCCCGUCAUCGAUAAGCUGCGCACGCAUGAGAACGAAACGCUGGACAGACAUUUGGAUUUCUUUGAAAUGGUGCGCGCCGAGGAUGAGAAGGAGUUUGCACGUCGCUUCAACGAGGAGCAUGUGGACACCAAGAGCGCCGGCUCCAUGUUCGAGCUGCUGCGCCGCAAGCUCAGCCACUCGCCCGCCUAUCCGCACAUGCUCUCGCUGCUCCAGCACAUGCUGCUCCUGCCCUACACGGGUCACUGCACCGAGCACUGGCUGCUGAUCGAUCGCGUAGUGCAGCAGAUUGUGCUGCAGGUGGAGCAGCGUCCCAGCAGCGAUCUCAUCUCCGAUUCGGAUGAUCCGGAUAAGCAGCUGAAGCUGGCCAGCGAGUCGCCAGUGCAUGAUCCGGAUGUGGCGCCGCUGCAAAUCGAUGUCAACAAGCUGGUGCGUCUGCUGGUCAAGGAGGAGCAGCUGACGCUGGCGCGCAAGCGUGCCGACGAGCUGGAGCGCGAAAACUUUGACAUACAGUCGCGUCUGGCCAAGAAGGAGCAGGAGCUGGAUCUGCGCAUGCAGGAGAAGGAGGAUCUGGAGACGGGACUGGCGCGCAUGCGUGAGCGCUUGGAGAAGGAGUCCACCCAGCACUCGCAGGCGGUGCAGCGUGCUCAGCACGCCGAGAUGAAGGCCGAGGAUCUGCAGCAUCGUCUGCACAGCGAGCAGCAGGAGCGUGCGCGUCUGGAGCGUCUCGUCACCGAGGGCAGCAUACCCGAUGACCAAAAGGUUGCCGGCCUGACCGGCUGCAAUGGCGCCGUCUCGCCGCCGCCGCCACCACCGCCCAUGCUCAAUGCCGUGCCGCCACCGCCGCCGCCCAUGGCGCCCACCAUGUUGCCACCGCCGCCGCCGCCCUGUCCCGGCGCCCCACCGCCACCGCCCAGCAUGGCGCCAGCUCUAGCUGCCGCGCCCGCCAAGGCGGAGUUGCCAAAGAAGAAUGUGCCACAGCCAGCGAAUCCGCUCAAGAGCUUCAACUGGUCGAAGCUGCCCGACGCCAAGCUGCAGGGCACCGUCUGGUCGGAGCUGGACGAGAGCAAGCUCUACAACAACAUGGAACUGGAGUCCAUAGACAAACUAUUCUCCGCCUAUCAAAAGAACGGCGUCUCGACCACUGAUGGCUCCUACGAGGAUUUGCGCGUCACUGGCAAAAACAAGCAAAAGGUGCUCUCGGUCAUCGAUGGACGCCGCGCUCAGAACUGCACCAUACUGCUGAGCAAGCUCAAGAUGAGCGACAUGGAUAUAUCCAAAGCUAUAUUGUCUAUGGACUGCAAUGAGCAGCUGGCGCUGGACAUGGUUGAGCAGCUGCUCAAGUUUACGCCCUCAGCGGAGGAGCGCGCAUUGCUGGACGAGCAUAGCGAGGACAUCGAGUCGCUGGCGCGUGCGGAUCGCUUUCUCUAUGAAAUAUCAAAAAUUCCACACUAUGAGCAGCGCUUGAAGAGUCUGCACUACAAGAAGCGCUUCAUGCUAACGGUAAAUGAUUUAAUACCACGCAUCACUAGCGUCAUGGAGGCAUCGCGUGAAGUUGCGCGUUCGCGUCGCCUGCGCAAGCUGCUGGAGCUGGUGCUGGCCUUGGGCAACUAUAUGAAUCGCGGCGCACGUGGCAACGCUUCGGGCUUUAGACUCGCCUCGCUGAAUCGCUUGGCGGACACCAAGUCGAGUGCGGCCAAGGGCACGACACUGCUGCAUUAUCUGGUGCAGGUGAUCGAGAAGAAGUUCAAGGAUCUGCUCAAGCUGGAGGACGAUAUACCGCAUGUGCGCGAGGCGUCCAAAGUGUCGCUGGGCGAGAUGGACAAGGACAUUCAAAUGCUGCGCACCGGACUGGGCGAUGUGGCGCGUGAGAUUGAGUUUCAUCGCAGCUCGGGGCCGGCACAGCAGGGCGAUCGCUUUUUGCCCGUGAUGCGCGAGUUUCAUGCGCAGGCCUCGGUGCGCUUUGCCGAGCUGGAGGACAAGUUCCAGGACAUGAAGACGCGCUUCGAUCGCGCAGUGCGUCUGUUUGGCGAAGAUGGCUCCGUGCUGCAGCCGGACGAGUUCUUUGGCAUAUUCGAUACGUUUCUGGCGCAGUUCGCCGAGGCGCGCAACGACAACGAGAGCUUCCGUCGACGUCAGGAGGAGGAGGAGAAGCGCGCCAAGCAGGAGGCGGAGCUUAAGAAGCGCACCAUUGAGCGCAAGAACAAAACCGGGCUCAUGAGCAGCGUGGCACGCAAUUUGGGACUCAAGUCCAGCAGCGGCGGCGGCGGUGGCGGCGGCAACAGCAACGGUGGCGCCAAUGGCGAUGCCAACACCAAAGGCGACAACAAGGGCGAGUUCGAUGACCUCAUCUCGGCUCUGCGCACCGGCGACGUCUUCGGCGAGGACAUGGCCAAGUUCAAGCGUUCGCGCAAGGCGCGCGUCCUCAAUGGCAACGCCAAUGGGCAGACCUCGCCGCCACGCCACGGCAGCCUGCAGCGCGAGGAGAGCGGACGCGAGCGCGAACGCGAGCGCACAGUGCGGCGUCAAUAGAAGCGACGAGCAGAGUAUUUUAUAUAUAUACAAACACACACACACACACAUGCAUACAUAUAAACUUACACUAUGCAACACUUUUUCGUAACUGGCUUAUACAGCUUUUUUUUCUGUAUUUGUAUUUUGUAUUUAUUUAUAAACGAAACUACCAUACGUAUACUU